ACCACCAUCACCUCAUGUUGCAGCAUGAUGCACGGCCCCAUGUUCCAAAGAUCUGUACACAAUUCCUCGAAGCUGAUAACAUCCCAGUUCUGCAUGGCCUGCAUACUCACCGGACAUGUCACCAUUGAGCAUGUUUGGGAUGCUCUGGAUUGGUGUAUACGACGGCGUGUUCCAGUUCCUGCCAAAAUCCAGCAACUUGGCACAGCCAUUGAAGAAGAGUGGACCAACAACCAGGUCAACUCUACGUAAAGUGAGCACUCAUCCUGACCUGGAUGAGGAGAUCGACUUCCUCUCUGCCAUCAUCAGUGAACACAGAACUUUGACCAGGCUGCCAGCUCCACCCUCCCAAGACGUCUCUGAACCCAAACUCAAGCAGCUCGGUGAGCCCAACCCCACCCACAGUGCAUCUACCACAGAGCAACCCACGAGCCACAGUGUCCCGUUCACCAGCAUGGCUCCACCCAUCACCACCUCAAACCACACUCCUGCUCUGCUCAGCGAUCCCAUCAUCCUCCCCUACCCCUCUAAUGACCAUGUUUUCAUCAUCAUAAGCAGUGUCUUCAUCGUGCUGGGGUCGCUGGCGUUGAUCACAGCAGGUGCCUGUUGGGUCAGAUUGCAGAAAGGUGUGCGUCUAACUCAGAAGGUGGACUACCCUGCAUAUAAACUGAUGAGAGCCCAUGCCUUUGACAAUUUGCCUGGGGACAAGAAGCUGGCCCACAGUGCCCAGAUGUACCACUACCAGCACCAGAAGCAGCAGAUGCUCUCCAUGGAGAAACACAGGGAUGAGCCAAAGGUUCUUGAUUCAGGAGCAUCAACAGAUGAGGAGAACGAGGACGGAGAUUUCACAGUGUACGAGUGUCCUGGAUUGGCACCUACUGGAGAGAUGGAGGUGAAGAACCCUCUGUUUGACGACUCCACCCUUUACCUUCAAAGGUUCCACAAGUAAACCUGGACUCUGAGACGCUUUACACUCUGAAUGCAGCAUUUGUGUGUACAAAUAGUUGAAUAAACACACGUACACAUACUCCAUAUACUCUGCUGUGCUCAGUCCAACCCUUUUAUUGGACAGGAUGGAGAGUGUAAGGCUCUUAGAGGAGGAAGAGGAUGAAGAGUGAGGCGUUCAUGGACAUUUUAAAGUCACGCCACAGUGCUGGUUUCCUGUUUAAAGCACGACCAAAUCUGGGACUAAUGCCUCCAAAUCUACAGCCACAUUCUGUCCUUUUUGUAAUCUCAUAACUGUUUUUUCAUAGUUUAGUUCACAAAAUUACAAUCAGCCAAUAUCGAAAAACUCUGAAUUACUUCUGACAGGUAGCAUACGCGCACAUUGAAUAUAAAAUUAUUAUUAUUAGCAGAGUACACGGACAGUUAUCUUAUGCCGCUGAGCUAAGUAUAGCUAUAAGUUUGUUGGUUGAUAGAUCUUCAUCAAUAUCCAUGUUUAUUAAUCAGUACAUACUCCUUAAUUUAUUGAGUUCAAACUGCAGGCUUUGGUUUUAUUCUAGGAUUUCUUUUAAUGUGAUUUUAAUAUUUCAUGAACACACCUUUAUCUUUAUCAGUAUGUUAUGUAGCCAUUGUGUUCUCAGUCUAGUUCUUCUAUGCAUGAAUUGAUGACGCUGUGUUACGAAACCUGAGAAUCGAUAUGCAUUUAUAUUUCCUACAAGUUCUUUGUGCAGACUUGCUAAUUAUAUAUAUUGAAUGAUUUCAAAGGAUUUGAAACUUCUUUACGUAGAACUUUGAGACAGUGUGUGUGUGUAUAUAUGGUAUUUCACUAACAUGGCUUGUCCCCAUGGGUUUUUGAUCUGUAAAUAGCUGCUAACGUGUACAAGAAAGAGAUGUUACCUCUCAGUGUGUUAGUACAUGUGUUCUGCUAGAUUCCUGAGUGCUGUGUCAAAUCUUGAACUGUGUUUUGUUUCCUUAUCGUUGACUAUAUUUGCAGGGUUCCUACACAUAUGGAAAGGGCAGGAAAUGUCUCAGAAAAUAAGUAAUGUCCAGGUUUUAAAUACAUAUUUGACACAUUAAAUCUACUGCUGAACAUUAUAGUUUUUAACUGAAA